UAGAAUGGCUAAUAUACCUUAGUUUUAGAUUAAGUUCGAAUUCAGUCAACGUAGUCUUUAGUCAUUAAACAAUCCUUAUGUCCAUCUAGAUGUAGGGUGCUAAUUUAAUUAAGAAGAUAUUUAAAGACCUUAAGUGUGUCCAGUCUGUCAGAUUUAAAGCAACUAAAUUGAAUAGGAUAGUCAAUUGAUUGUUAUGCUUGAAUAAAAAAAUGAGAAAUAAUUAGUUUAUGAUAAAAUAAACAAGACGAUCAUUUAGAUGAAAAGGAAACAUUACACAUUUGACACAAUAAGUACAGAUGAAGAAGUGAAACAAUUAUAAAUAAAAUACUAUGAAAGGUUGAGAAAAGAUCAAAGUCUAACUAUGAAUAAGAUUUAAGAAAUGAAUCAAGAGGUAUUUUUAAAUUUAAUAUUAAAGAGAAAUCAAACUUAUUUUAAUUAUCUUAAACAUCUUCCAGAACGCGAAAAACUACCAAUUUUAAUAGGAGUUAUAAACAAUAAGUUAUUGCUGUUUUAUCAUGCAUAUAAAAUAAAUGUGAGUUUAUCAUUGAUAGAUUCUACUAAUCCUAAAAUAAGAUAAAAAUUGAGAUCAUAAACUCAUGGAAUUCUAUAAUAAAUUGUGUUAUUAGAAUAUAAUAUAUAUUUCCUUUACACAAAAUAGAACAUAUCAACCUUAUACAAAGGAGAUUUAAAUUAAAUUUUUUAAAAUCCUUCUCAAAAUAUGGAUCCAUAAUUUUUUAUAUUAUCAUUACCAAAUUUUAAAAUAGAUGGCCCUGCUCGAUUGAUAUAAAUUGGAGAUAAAGACCUUAUUAUGAUUGGAAGUAAGAUAUUUAAAUUAAAGUAUUUUAGCCAAAAUAUGCCAUUCAAUAACAUCAAAUAUUAUAUAUUAAAAUCAUAAAAUUGAACUUUUAAAAGCUAAUGCAUUUUGUCAUAUAUUUAAUAAUAAUUAAAUACUUGUCGUAAAUUAGGAGGAAAAAGAUGAAAAAAAGAUGGCUAAUUACUUUUGUUAUGAUUUUUCAUAAUAAAAAUGUUAGUAAAGUAAGGUAGAAACUCUAAAUUUGUAUAAUUAAUAUGACAAUUAUUUGAUUUUUGCAGAUAAAAUGAUUUUAUAUAAAACAUCAGAAUUACAAAAUGAAAGAUGUGAGCUUUAAUAAUUUUUCAGUUGGCCUGCAAAUCAAAAAGGAAUUUAACCACAAAGAAAUACAAUUAAUGUCGCUAAUCAUCAAAGUUACAUGUAACCAGUUAAAAUUACAUCAACUUAAAAGCAAAUCAAUAAUAUAACUUGUUAAUUUAUAGGAAUUAAAUUACCAAAGAAGUCAGAAUUAGAGGAAAAGAAGAGAUUAGAAUAGUAAAAGAUGUAAUAUUGAUCAGUUAUUAAUAAAUAGUAUAAAUCAAGAAAUUGAAGAAGAUGAAACAGAUGUAUUUCCAGCCUUGUUAGUGUAUAAUGGCUCGACAAAUUCAUUUGAAGUUGAACUUAUUUGAUUAUUUUUAUCAAAGAGGCAUGUUUAAACAG